UUCCUCACUAUUGGCAAUGACGUUUUGAUGUAAGUGACUACAAUGAGAGUGUAAACGAUUAAAUGGAUGGCUCAGAAAGCCGAUACAUUACAGCGACUGUUAUGGUCAGGUGAAUAUAAAAUACUCGAAGAUGAAGUGCUUGCAGAGGGGGAGUUUCUUGAGUUUGAAACAGAUCAUGUGCGCAGACUAGUACUUCUCGGAAUGACAGCAAACAAUUUAAUCAUCGCAAAAAGACACAUUACAAAUUAUAAACAUGAUCCAGAAGUUUAUUACCUUACUGAUGUUGACCUUGAUCUAGACGGCCUUGAAGUGUCUUCUGUUUUGCCAGUAUGUCUGAUUGGAUUGGAUAGUUCAUGUUAUAGAUAUGAACUUAUUAUACGUGUUUUGGAGAGGACAAGGUAUUACGAGCUCACAAACACGCACAUCAAUGGGGAUAUAGAACAAACCUGGAAAGCAUGGUUAGAGCGCAUUCUUUACUUAAAAGAAGAUCCUGACGGUUACAUCAGGGCACAGUGUGAACAAUAUGAAAUUCCAUAUCCGGAUUACUACGUCAUAUACGAAAAAUCGCCUGUUGAACCUGCAGACGACACUUUGAUUUGGAAAUUACUAGAUCUAGACGCUGUUGAAAUGUUAGAAACAGCGUUAAAAAAGAGACAGAUUUUACCAGAGAAAAGGGCUAACAAGAAAUCUGUUAAAGAGUGGAGAAAGAAUUCUGACCAGAAAUGUUUUUGUUGAUUAAGGAGAUUAGAAAUAAAAAGGGUAAAACGGUA